AUGGUUCAGAACGGGACGCUCUCAGGGCCGACGCUCGACGACGAGUUCUUCGGGCUGCUGAACCCCGACCUCGUCCCUCGCUGCUACAUCGAGUAUGCCCUGGAACGUCUCUCUCAUUCAAAGACCUGCUGGUUUACUCCUGCACUGUUCCUGUCUGAGCAGUAUGAGAAGCUUUUGAAGUCAAAGCAUGAGAUGACAUCGGGCAGGAUUUCGCUGCUGCCCGGAUUGGUCUACGUCCACCGGGAUCACAUCACCCCUUCGAAGGUUUACUUCUACGGGCCAAAGAUCAACGUUUCCAACCGGGUCAUCCGCCAAUAUAAGGAUGACCUGGAAACUUCAUGCGGGUUUCCUUUGUUGACGAGGAUGGAGAGAGGAUGCGGUCCGUUGAUUUAUUGCCUCGCGUGAUCUCCGAAUCGGCCAACAGGCACACAGAUGUCUACAGGAGGAUUCUGUCCACACUGAGGAACGGCAUAACUAUCGGGGGGAAGAGGUUUGACUUUCUGGUCUUCUCUGCCAGUCAGUUGAAGGAUAGUUCUGUGUGGAUGUUUGCCUCCAGGCCUGGACUCUGUGCUGCCGACAUUAGGAGAUCGAUGGGCAACUUCAGCCACAUCAGGAACGUCGCUAAGUAUGCUGCCAGGCUUGGCCAAUCUUUUGGCUCAUCGACCGAGACCCUCGUCGUCAGUAGGCACGAGGUCGAGAUGAUCCCUGAUGUGGAGAAUGCCGGAGGUUAUCUGUUCUCCGAUGGGAUCGGAAAGAUAUCGGCCACAUUCGCCAAGGAGGUCGCCGUGAAGUGCGACCAGAGGAUCACGACGUCAUCAGCCUUCCAGAUCAGGUAUGGUGGAUUCAAGGGCGUCGUCGCCAUGGACCCAACCUCGAGGGUGAAGCUGUCCCUGCGGAAGAGCAUGUCCAAGUUUGACUCGAACAACACGAAGCUGGAUGUCUUGGCCUACAGCAAGCCUCAGGCCUGCUAUCUCAACCGCCAGCUGAUCACCCUCCUGUCGACCCUUGGCAUUAAUGACCAGGUCUUUGGGAGGAAGCAGGAGGAGCUUGUGGCGCAGCUGGACAAAAUGCUGACUGAUCCAGUGAAGGCCCUGGAGUUUCUCAACACCAUAAAUCACGGGGAGAUGGUGGGCAUCCUCAAGGAGAUGCUCCUCUGUGGGUACAGCCCGGGCGAGGAGCCCUUCCUAUCCAUGAUGCUCUGGACAUUUAGAGCAUCCAGGCUUCUUGAGCUGAGGACAAGAAGCAGAAUCUUCAUCCCUAUGGGGAGAUCCAUGAUGGGCUGCUUAGACGAAACCCGCACCCUGGAGUACGGCGAGGUUUUUGUCCAAGUUUCUUGUCACAGCGACAGGCAGCUCCAGAAUGGUGGCCUGGCGAUGUUCAGUGAGAGCUCCAGAAGUGGCGACAGCUCCAGUUUGGCCGUUGUCACUGGGGAGGUGAUAGUCUCCAAGAACCCCUGCCUUCACCCCGGCGACCUCCGCACCCUGCUCGCCGUCGAUGUCCCAGCCCUGCACCACAUGGUCGACUGCGUCGUGUUCCCUCAGAAAGGAGAGAGGUCAUAUAUAUAUAUGGAUCAUUUUGACAUUCCUUUUUUUAAUUCAUCCCUCGUUUCUGUUUUAUGUAAUUUCUUUGAAAUCCGUCGACCACUGUGUUAUCGUAGGCCUCAUCCAAAUGAGUGCUCUGGUAGUGAUCUGGACGGAGAUGUCUAUUUCGUGAGCUGGGAUCCCGAGCUCACCCCCCCUCGGCAGGUUCCACCCAUGGAUUACACACCGGUUCCGCAGGCCACCCUGAAUCGUGAUGUUAUGAUUGAGGUACCGUCUCUCAUCGUUUCUGGCAUUUGUUUUCGUGCGUUGACUUGCAGCAUCAGUUGUGGAGUUGUACAAUGAAUCUUGGGUCGGCCAAAAGAGAGUUUACUUUUGUGCCAUCUUCUGUUCAGGAUGUGGAAGAAUACUUCGCGAAUUACAUUGUCAAUAAUAGCCUGGGGGUCAUCUCAAAUGCCCACACGGUCUUCGCGGACAGGGAGCCGAGAAUGGCUGAAAGCGAAGUGUGCCUAGAGUUGGCAAAGCUGUUCUCAAUUGCCGUUGACUUUCCCAAGACGGGUGUGCCAGCAGAGAUUCCCCCACACCUGGUGGUGAGGGAAUACCCGGACUUCAUGCAGAAGCUCGACAAGGUCACCUACGAGUCAAAGCGUGUGAUCGGGAAGCUCUUCAGGGCGGUCAGAGACCAUGAUCCCUCAGCACGGCCAAAGAAGUUCACCAGGAUGGACGCUAUGCUAUCAUAUGACCGGGACAUGGAGGUCAACGGCUUUAGAGAUCAUCUCGAGGACGCCUCCUUCUUCAAGGGGGAGUACGACUUCAAGCUGGGCAAUCUCAUGGACUACUACGAGAUAAAGACCGAGGCAGAGAUCCUCUCUGGGGUAGUGAUGAGUGCGUCCAAGACCUUCGACAAGUAUGAGGAUGGAGAGGCAGUCCGUCUGGUCGUGAGGUCGCUGAAGAAGGAGGUGAGAGGGUGGUUCAACCAGUGUGGCAGUGCUCCUGAAGACGAGACGGACGACACCUCACUGGCCAAGGCAUCAGCUUGGUACCACGUGACCUAUCACCAAGACUACUGGGGUUGCUACAACGAGGGCUUGGACCGGCCGCACUUUCUCAGCUUCCCCUGGUGCGUCUACGAGAAGCUGAUCCUCACCAAGCAGAGGAAGAAGGGCAUGCCGGCGGGACGCCGAGCAGCUGUCGGGAAGGCUGGCGGCAUCUCUCAAGAUACGGGCUUGAAUGUUUCACCAUGUAUCUGUACAUAUUAG